AUGGAUACAGAAGCCGUGAUACAUUUUUUUGGAGGUGCUUUGGGUGGUACUGCUGGAACUGCCAUUACAUGCCCACUUGAGGUUGUAAAAACACGAUUACAAAGCGCAGAAUAUGCACAAACUGGAGUCUCUUUUGCACAGUGUGAAGGACCAUCUAAAGCUCGUAUACGAUUACCCUAUUCACAUGCUUUAUUAUGUCAGAGUCGACUGAAAGCAUAUGCUGGUAUCACUCCUAAAUUACGAAUAAGUAAUGUACCUGUUACAUGUUCAGUGCAACGGAAUGUGCAACUUUUUGCUAAGCCCCAGUUGGCUAUGCACCAAAACAGAAACCUGUACACAUUUUUCAGACAAAUAGUAGUGAAUGAAGGAUUCUCUGCACUUUUCAAAGGAAUUGGACCCAACCUUAUCGGGGUUGCACCGUCAAAAGCAGUAUAUUUCUGCACGUAUUCAAGUUGUAAACGAUUAUUAAACAGUUUGGAUAUUUUUGUAUCGAAUAGUGCAAUGGUACAUAUGUCAUCUGCCGCUACUGGUGGCUUCGUCGCAGCAACUGUCAUUAAUCCGGUUUGGUUGGUUAAAACACGUUUGCAGCUGCACAAGGGACCACUAUCAGCUAAGGAAUGUAUUCGGCAUGUUUGGAGGACUGAUGGAUUUAAAGGAUUUUAUAGGGGAGUAACAGCAUCUUAUGUUGGAAUUUCUGAAACAGUCAUUCAAUUUGUUCUUUAUGAAGAGUUGCGUAUGCUAUUACUGAAGUGGAAGUCAACAUCACGAAACAACAAUGCGAACUUGGCAACGGAUUCAUCAGAUCCGGCAACAAGUGAGCCAGAAUUCAAAGAUUUUUCAAGAAUUAAAAAAGAAAUCAAGCACCAAUCUGCCGUGCGAAAAUCUUCAACUGAAAUUGAGAAGCGUGAAAUGAUCGAUUUCUUCCAUUUUAUGCUCGCUGGUGGUACAGCAAAGUUUUUUGCUUGUUCAUUAGCAUAUCCUCACGAAGUCGUACGCACUCGUAUGCGUGAAGAAAAUUCUAUGAUCAGGGGAUUUUUGCCAACUUUGAAGUUUAUUUUACGAGGUGAAGGAUUUUGGGCACUUUAUAGAGGUCUGAGUGUACAGCUAUUAAGAACAGUCCCAAACACAGCAAUUACUAUGGGGACUUACGAAUUAACAGUGCAUAUAUUGCAUGGGUGA